AUGGACUUAAAUGACCUCACGCGGCCAGCAAUCCUUUGCCAGUGCUUGCGGUGCUCCAGCUCGCUGGCCGUGCUGGAGAACGAAUGGGGCAAACUAUCCAAUGUCUAUGCUGUUGCGACAGCGUGGCUGAGCGUCAACCUGCACCGUAUCUCGAUCUCCUCGGAGCAGAAACACAUCCCGCAGACAUCAGAAAUGAGUCUUCUCCGAGGAUGCGUUGCCCAGGAUGUGUCCUGCAAACUGUGUCAGCAGAGACUGGCAGUCCUUUGCGGACUAGAAAAUGGCCCGAACAUCCUCUGGAGAAUGUCCAAGGUGUCAUUCAGAGAGGUAGUGACCAUGCGGACUACCGACCCCCUUUUCAAAGAAGGCGCCCUCGAUAAACUGCUUCCCCCUCCCCCUCCAGAACCUCCACGACGAGAUCGCAAUUCCGUACACGAUGGUGCCUUGGUGCAGGCAGGUGCACAGGACUUAUAUUCGUUAGAUCCAUCAAUGCAGCUGCAAAUGCAACACCAGGGGCGUAGUAUUGACCAGAUUUCUAGUUCGGUGAACCACUUGCAAGACACGAUGGCCGACUUGAAGCAUUCGUUCACCUCGCUCCGCAUCGAAUUGAAUGGAUCGAACCGAAGCAAAGGUGAAAAUGGGCACAUGAGCGGACCGGGAUUCGACAUGAUUGCAACAGUCCUAAAGGAGCUGAAGUCGAAGUCAGACGAAAUUGAGAAGUUGAAGCUGGAAAUCGAGGCAUUGAAGCUAAAAAACCGUUUCAUGGAGGGCCGCAAGCUGGAAAGCCCUGAAUAUUCAACCCAAAUGAAUGGUAGACUGCCUGAAGUGCAGAGCCCUGGUCUACUACAGGCUGGAAGAAAGCGCGGGUGGCCUGACGCAUUCCCAAGUGGCCAAACACACACCAUUGCGGAUUCGUUUGAUGAAGAGGAUGCGGUGGAUGACCUGUCUCUCGACAAGUUACCCACAUAUAAUGUCCGCGUGCCGAUCAAUCACUCGAUUCGCCAGUCGUCUUCUGGCCCAAACCAGCUUUGUAUAGAGGCUGGUCCACAGAAUGGUAACGCCUCAACCAGCGCUCAAGCCGGAAGCUACCCAGAGCAAAGCCCGGCUAAGCGCCCGAGGCUCGUUCAGCAAAAUGGAGGCACCGGAUCCAACAGUGAAAGGCGACGCGGCCGGCCGCGAAAGUCCCUCACAGAUCCUACCAAACCCACCGACCCGCAGCCUGCAACCACAGGCGCGACAGAUUCGCAGCACCCGGUUGAGUCCAACCCUCCAAUCCAAGUCCCGACAGCCACCUCGAGUCCGACCUCACAGCCUAUCCGGAGUCGUGGUCGCCCCCGACGGAGCACACGGUCUCAGUCCCUGGGCCGGCCCGAGAUCAGUGUUGACCUUGAGAAUGGAGAACCCGAUAGUUUGGCUCAGAAGCCAUCUUCGACAACUGUCACAGACAGCGGAGGCAAUACCCAACAGAUUGGCGAAACAGCGACUGGUCACACAAACGGGGACAGUGCAAAGGGGGCUGAGCAAGUACAGACCUCAGAAGAAGAGGAUCGCAAGGCCAAGGUCGCGGCGCGGGACGCCAUGGCUAGGAAGGCUAUGCAACACGAGGAGGAGAUGGAAACCGAUGAUGCUCGUUAG